AUAGUCCAACCCUCUGUUGUUUCUCUUCUUCCAGGCCUCUCUCUCUCUCUGUUUGGCAAAGGAAUGGAGGUGAACUUGGGACACUGGACGAUUUGACUCCUUUUGAUGCCAUCAUGAGUGUAUUGUUCCUUUUCUGGAUGGUUGCCCUCAGUUUGCAGUUGGCCAAUGCCAGAAAUUAUUUCGAUGCAACAGGAGAGGAAACUCAGGUUUGGGCUAAGGAAGGAGGACAAGCUUUGCUUCCCUGUUAUCUGAGUUCUCAGAAGUUGGAGAGCAGUUGGAGGCAACUGUAUCAGGGAUUGACACUUCGCUGGGUACAGCAUGAAAGCAGCUCCCAUAGGAAGCGCCGUUUGAUUCUAAAGGUGGAUCCCAGUGGGAUCAAGAAAUGGUCCCGGUCCAUGAUGCAUCGAUUAUCUAUCUGGGAUGCUGGUUUACUUCGGGGAAAUUUUUCACUUCAGAUCAACCCCUUACUAACUGGUGAUGCGGGAAUCUAUGAGAUGCUGGUGAAAUAUGGCAGCAGUGUUUGGUACUGCCAGGUGAAGCUUGGUGUGGUGUCAGUGAUUGCUAACCCUCCUGGUCUUCUGGUUGAGCUGGGAGCCGUCAAGCUAACCUGUAACUGCACACGUUCAGAAAAACCCACAAAGAUACGCUGGUUCCAUGCAGGUCUUCUCCUUCCCACCACUGGUCGGUUCAUCUUUCAAGACCAAGAUCUGUUAAUCUCCAGGUCAUUUGGGAAUGACUCUGGGACCUGGCUCUGUCAACUUAUUUUUGCAGAUGGAGAGAUAAUUUCUUCCACAUACGAGCUGCGAGUCAUAGGAUUUGCUGAGAAAACAAUUCCUGUAGUCUAUACUGCAGCGGGAUCUGAUGCACACCUGCCCUGCAUCCUAAAUUACAAACCCUUGGACUAUGGCAUCUCAGAUGUGGCUGUUCAUUGGAAGCACAUGGGAAGGAGAGAAGCCACUUCUAGCCAUGGAAAUGGGAGGGAUUUCUCCCUCUAUCUCCCUGCUGUGGGCCCUGAAGAUGCAGGCCAAUAUCUCUGUGAGGUCACCAUCCAAGGCACCACCAUUAUGCAGAAUGCCACGCUGGCAAUAAUGACAGUCAUCCGAAGCAGUGAAGGGACAGUUGUCACAGAGGGAUCUCACUUGAUGCUCACUUGCAACCUGAGCUACCACACAGGACAGGAGCGGUUUCACUGGCACAAGUUGGGAUCCAUGCCCACAGAGAGUGUCUCCAAGAAGGAUCUCUUGAGACCCACCCUUGAGAUCUCUCCAGUGUCACUGAGUGAUGCAGGCAUCUGGGAAUGCCGAGUCUAUGGUCCAGAUGAGAUGCUGGGUUCUGUACGACAUCACCUGGAAAUUACAGCUGCCCAGGUCUCCAGUUCAGAGCCUGUAACUCCAAUAGAGAUCAUUUUUGGACUGAUGGCUGCCUUCAUCGUUCUUGUUAUCUCUGUUUUGGCUUUGGCCCAUGUAAGGAAAAGGGUCACCUCCUCAACCUUCCCAGCACUGGAUAUGAAGGUAGCUGCUACCUUGCCAGGAAAAAAAGGAAAAGUUGGAGACCAGGAAGAAAAAGUCCUGCAGGUGGAAUACUGAUGGAAAAAGAACUCACGUAAACAACAGCUACCAAGGGUGGCCUGAUAAGACUGAUAAGGUGCAGAAUACUGUGGAUAUGGCCAAUUGCUUGGUGGUCCAGAGGUUUUCAGGUUAUGAGAUCAUUCUAGUUGAGUCUGGGAAACAUCUGGGAAAAGGAGAGGAGAGCCUAUCUGUGUGGAGGUAUGUCUUGCCUUGUCUACACAUUUAGAAAAAAAUGUUUUGAUACGGUCAAUGGGCUAAUCAAUAAAACACAUUCAUUCGUUCAUAUUUAGAAGAAGGACACAAUAGUGCCUGUCUCUUAAGGGAUUUCUGGAGAGGUUGCCAAUCCUGUGUCUGUGGAUACUAGUUUACAACAUGCUCCUUUUUUGCUUGUACUUUUUUUUUACUGAAUAAUAUUUCACUAUAAUAGUUGUACCAUAUCUGUGGACAUAACUUUUUAAAAGAAUGCUUCGUGUAUUAUUAUUUUUCUUUUUUUAAAAAACUAUAAAG